UGACGAUCGCUCCAUGACAAUUACGGCAACAAACCCAUGCGGUCGGGUCUGUCGAUAUUCCCUAUGUAGUGGCACAUAGGCUAUCAUUUACCUUUGAUCAGCAGUGCGAGCAAAGAGAUUAUUUAAUCUGGGAGAGGUGUGAGGAAAAAGUGAAAUGUCGCGAUACGACAAUAACAGUGGACCGUUGACUCUCAUCCAUGAUCUGCGACACUUGCCAAAGGAAGAAGUUGACAAGUUAAAUGCAACACCUAGAAGCUUGGACCAGAACCUGAAUAAUCCAACCAGUACUGUCGGAAAUUUUCGUAUCAAGGGAUUCGUAAAUAACAAUUUCGUCAAACCAACCAUUCCACGGACAAUCCCCAACCAAGGAAUUCUAACAAGUGCUGAUGACCCAAAACUUGAUCUAAAGAUACCAUCACCCAAAAAUUCGGUAGGCUCUCCGCAAAAGUCAGUAACCUCUUUACCAAAGUCAGUAGCUUCCCCUGUCAAAUCGGCUGGAUUACCAUCCCCCACCAAAUCUGUGGGACCACAAUCCCCUGUCAAAUCUGUGGGGCCACCAUCCCUAGUCAGAGCUGCGGGACUGCCAUCUCACCCUGUCUCCAAGGGCUCUGCACAAGGCUCAAAUCCUGCCAUGGAUGGGCGACAGUCACACCAGUCGUCACAGCGACGUGACCUUACAUCAAGGUCAUCACAAAACAGACACCAACAUUUAGAUCAAAACUUUGAUCCCUCAACGGGCUGGGCCAAGGAGAGACCAUCACCACGAUACAAUAGCCAGGACCAUCCCCUCAGUUACCGUUCAGUAAACCAGCACCAGGGAAGACAUUAUAGCGAAGACUAUGAAUCCAAUCAAAAUAUACCUAUAAGAAACGCACACGAAAAAACACAAGAACAGAUCAGGAAAGAAACACAGCAGUACAUUGAUAGAAAGGAAGAGGAGAGGAAGUUCAAGGCGGACAGCCAAAACAGGCUGAGGGAGAAACAGGAAGACCAGCGUAGGACACGAGAGAUGUUGGAAGAUCAUGAACCUUUCGGGAGACCUGGAGCAGGGGCCCCGAACGGGAGUGACAACAAGAAAAAAAAGUUUAUUGAGGAACAGUUUAAUGCCCGUGGAGAACCUGCACGAUAUCAGUAUGAGCCGCCCUCUGGGUUAAGUACAAGUAGUUUUCAGUUUUGGGACAGUUUUGGCCGGCCUGGCCAUGGUGCCCCACUUAAAACAGAUUCUGGCAAUCUAAAGGCUCAUCUUGUUGGGGAUGUGAUAAUUCGAUUUCAGGAUCGGUAUGUACGUGAUAUCGAGAACCACCGUCGGCACGACAGACCCCCUGAAGAGAAGAAGAGAUACUUAGAUGAUCUCAAACAACAGCAACAAGAGAAGAAAUCGAAUCGUCAUACUUCAAAUGGUGCUCAGAACCCAGAUAUGGCCAGAGAACAAGACCAAGGUUUGGAUGGUAUGCCGCCAUUCCAUUCUCCAGGGAGGAACGGCAUGGUAACAGAUAGACAGCGAUAUGAUCAAGUAAAGGAAAAUCUAGGCCAGUUGAGGAGAGAGAAUGAGGCUUUAGAAAGGAGUAGUCCUGACCCGUUAACACAUCCAGAUGCAUACCUGAAACAGAAAGCGAUGUUUCAAGAAUUUGACCCUUGGGGAAGGGGCGUAGGGAAUCCACAUAGAGAUUCCGGUGGUAACGUCGCUCGAUACCCAUUUAAACUGGGUAGAACCCAGGAGGGAUUCGGGCCGACCUACGGGAAUUUUUACAAGACAGGUAUAAGCAGUCCUAAAUCAGCCCCAGACACCAAUAUCAGAUAUGAUGAGAACCCAUACGACAACCUCGGUAAAUCGGGACCCGCCCGUAAACCAAACCGAGAGUACCUUCCUGCAUACGACCCGUUCAGUAAACCAGGCGCAGGUGCACCAAGGCAGGGCGUACGCGGCGAAAGAGUCACACAAAUUCAGGGACUGAUGGAUAGAUCGUCUAUGGAAAAUUUUGUCAAAGGAAAUAGCUUUUUAAACAUCAAACCAGAUAGGCAGGAAGAAGAAAGAAUGAACGAGAAGAUAAUGCAGAAAAAAUAUCGUGAAGACCUGGAUGUACAGGUGGCACAAAAUACACGCAAGGGCAAUGAACAAGACCGUCAUAAACACGAAAGUCAAAGAGAUUAUGCGGAUAUCAUCGAUUCAUAUAGGGCACGUCCCCGAUCAAAACAUCAUUUACCUCACAGUGACAUAUCACGUGCUAGAGAUGGCCGCGUCCCAGUGGAUUUCCGUGAAGCUCGGGAGUACCACGAGGAAUUAGAUGUUGGCUUUUCUAAUAAUCUGGCCAAGAAGAGACUAGACAGGAUGAAAGAUUACCAGGAAUCUCGUCGGCAUAUUGACAAAAUGUCAACAUACUGGGGGCGAUAUGGAGGUGGCAACAGGAAAAGCGAACAACAUACACACAAGGGAAACCUAGAUAACCUUAUCAACAAUGAAGAGAAAGGACGUUUCUCCAUGACGGAUGUUUACGUAAAAGGGAAGGACUGGUCUCAAUUCGAUGACAAGACUCCAGGAUGGGAUGAUUUUACUACAAGGAACGCUGCACCACAAAUCACCCCUCGCUAUGACUCCAACGACGACCUGUCGCCUAGAUACACACGUGUCACCGUGGAUAGUCACCACGCUAAUCAGUAUGACUAUCCAAUGACAGGUCCUAGCUUUUCUAAGAAGUACUAUGAGAUGAAAUCGCCGUGGGCGCCACACUAAGAUGACACUUACCUCCAUUGAUAACCACUAGAAGACUCCCAGUAACGCGUAGACAGAAUUUCAAAUAACAUGUAUCAAAAUGUUCUUUACAGAUCGAAGUGAAAUGAAUUUGUGAUACAUAAAAGUAAAAGGACACUUUCAAACAGCAUGGUACCCUACGAGGUAUACCACAGUGAUUUGGUUGUGGAUUUCAUUAUAUAAUUUCGCAGAAGAAAGCACUGUUUAUAAGUUUGAGAUGGGUCGUCCUGGAUACCGAGAGAUAUUUCAAAGGAGUGGCUAUAACUGGUACAUAGGAAAUUUCCAUACAUAGUUUGGUUGUUAUGGGGACACAUUCUGUAUUAUUAGGGAAACUCAUAUGUAUAGAUAAUAAGUCAGGAAUAGACGUUCAUACAAUGUUGUCAGUAUUCAGAACUUUUCGUGCGUACGUAAAUUGAGUAUAGGUAAAUAUUCACACUAUAACUCUUACAGUUAUAUACGUACGUCCUAUUUGGAGAGUAUUAACAAUUCGAUUUUAUAAAUUAGCUUGUUUAGUAUGUGAUGUAUUAUGCGGUAACGGUUCUGAGAUCAUUGUGUUGUCCAUCCUGUGAACACUACACGAGCUGCCCGUAGUCGUACAUUGUACGAAAGGUUGUCAUCCUGUAUUUUGACUCUUCGUUUGAAUACGUUAUCAUAGUGGUAAACUUGUAAACAGAAAUUUGUAAAUAGUUAUACAUCUGUAUAAAUCAUGCUGAUGGAUUUGUAUUUAUCUUUUGUAUUGUUAUUAAGUCUACGUUAUGGAAUAAAAAUAUUCUUUUUAUCAUUUAUGCGUAUUUUGCAUCAGGAAACUGUAAAUAGUUAAAUUCGAUUGAUAUUUCAUUAAGAUUAUUUUUUCUAUAUGGAAAUGUAUGAAUAUUUGUAGAUGUUAAAAGAAUGCACGCUAUAUGUACUCAUGGUUAAGUCAUUUGUUUUAACUGUUCAGUUACAUGUGUGACAAAAUCACACUAAAAUUAUCUGUAAAUGAGGAAAAAAUAUGAACAGUCUUAAAUAUGUUCAUGUCACGGAAAAUGAUCGAUGGUAAAUGAUAUAUAAUUGGUAGCUAAGUGGGUUGCUUAGUGGAUGAUAUCGUUGAGGAUUGUAUAUCCCUUUUCAAUGCAUGGAAAGCAUUAAGAUAUGUAAACGUUUCUGAAAGCAGAACCUGGAUUUCGAUAUUGAGUAAAAAAUCUUGUUCCAAAGGUUAUACGAUUAGUUGUAUAAAAUAUCAUUAAAUAGUGUUUUGAUACAUUACCCUGACCUGAUUUUGUGAUAAAUAUCAUUGUUUUUGUUUUGAUGUGGAUAUCCUGUAAAGGCCAUGUAAAGGCCGAUUCUUGUGUAUAAUGUAUGAGACCGAACGGGUGAUGUUCAUAUAUAUAUACCCGUCUGUGAUAUGUACUGUUUUGUUCAUGUCUUAAAAUCAAGACACUUUGAUAUCAGCCAUCCAUCACGGAAUCUCGUUGUAAAUUUUUAAAGCAAAUUUGAUUCCAUUCGCCUGCGUGUAAAGAUAUAAUUGUAUUUAAUUACUUUCGCAAUUAUCAUCAUAUUUGAUCAAAAGGAUAAUCAUUCAUAGCAAUUUUCUCGUGGAUGUAACACUGUGUUGCGUUUAUUCAAUUAUCUGUGAUAAACUAGCAUGCAUUUUUUUAAUUUUUCUCUUACAUGUCAUCUAUUUAUUUUUCAGUUUUGAUUGAAGGAAAUACCAUGUACAUUUCUCGUUGAUAUAUAAUUAACCGUCCUUCGUUAUUUCUGUUUAGGUUUUUUAAUGAAUGCGUUUUAACAUAUUACAUAGUAUUUAUUUCAUAAUAUAUAUUUUUACAAAACACUAUCAUUAUAUGUGGAUUAUAUGCAUAUAUCUGAUAUACGUGGUGAAAUCUAUACUUCAAAGUUAAAAGAGUAAGCAUAAGUAACAGCAUUACUUGCAUUUUCUAUGCAAAUAAACAUUUCACUC